GCAACCUUAAAAAAAAAAACAUUUUUUCAUUUGACAGUGACAGUCAAAAGUCAAAUGUCGCGGACAUGGAGACUUUUUGACAAUACUAUCCAUAUCACUGUAGAAUAAUAAACAAUAAUCUGCAAUACAUUAUAAUUUCAUGUAGAAAUAACCACAUCAAAAUGGAAUCACAUCCACUUAAUUUGGCUCAUCAACAACACCGUCGUGCUGAGGCCCAUCUCGUCAACAAUAGAUACGAUGAAGCAAUGCAGUGCCAUCACAAUGCUGCGGAAUUAUUAUUGGACGCUAUGAAAUCCACGACGUCAUCAGUCACGCUAGAAUCCAUCACAUUACAGCACAGUUACCACCUGAAGCAAAAGGAUCUCAUCAAAAGCAAGAAAGAACAAUACGAUAGAGUGAAAAAAGCCAUAGAUCACAUCAAAGGUUUGAGCAAAGAUCCCACCUACAAUAAUAUAUUAAGUAAUGAUAGUUCUAAAGUUCAAGUUGCUAUAUAUAGAACAAUAAGUGAAGCAGAUUCUUUGUUAUAUAAAUUAAAAAAUCCAAAUUCUGAACAAGGCCUUGUGAAAGACGCAAUUGCUAAAGUGGAUGUAGUGGAUGGAAAGAAGAUAGAGAAAGGAAAAGAAACAGUUAUAGAAGAGUUACAGAUAUUGAAUCAAAAUUUACAUUCCCUUGUAGAGCAAUUGGUGUUGCAAGCUGAAGUACUGAAGGAUGAAAACAUGACGUUAAAAGAAAGAGUGAGUUACCUGGAAAAAGAGAGAGUCAAGUACCUGAACCUUCCAACUCAAAGUGAUUUGUUACAACGAAACUUUUCAAAUAUCAGCGGAAAUGAAGGUUUGACGAAUGAGUUUAUUCAGAAGAUGCCGAUCGCAAAGGAACCACAUCAUCGACCAGUUGUUCAACCUCAUUUUGAUCUAAGUGCACUUAAGGACUUAUAGUUAAAUAAUGGACUGUUCAAACUGAGUUUUUAAAGAAUAAAUCAGGCACCAAUGGAUAAUAUUAUCCAACACAUAGUAUUGUAUUUGACUGGUUAUAAAGCAAUUGAUACAAAGCUACAGGUAUUGUAUAAGGUGCUUUGUUCUCUAUAGAUUUUGUUUACUCAUUUUAAUUAAAAUAAAAUGUAUUUUAUUUCAUUACUU